ACGCCACGUAAGAUAAAACUGCUCUGGAUUGGGUUGAGGGGGGUAAUUCGUCCGGUAUUGAAAGUUUAGGGUGAGUGAUGUCUGUUUUUCGAGUUCAAGGGGGUAAUUCGGUCGACCACGAUAGUUCAGAGGUGUAAUUCGUACUUUUUCAUUUGGCAUAUAAUGAUGUGGGGAUGUAUUAUAGUAUGUAUGGUACCCUAAAUGGUUCUGGCUUGAACUGCAUCUGUCUUUAUAACCUAAAUGAUGUGGGGAUGUAUUAUAGUCAAUGACAUGUGGGCCACAGGGAGGAAAAUACUCGAAAAUUCCAUCAUUCACAUGUGGGCCAUAGGGAGGCAAGAGGCGCAAGACACCUGGUAGUUGGGUUCUUCUUCCCAGCAUUUGCCUCUUAUUUCCAUAUUUUCCUGAUGGGUACCAAGAUUGAUAGGAUUUGUCCAAGGGCUUCAAUCCCUUGUUCUCCUUGUUUUGUGCAUGAGGUGCUUUAUUCCCUUUCUGUUUUUGAUAAAGCUAAUUAUUCCUUUUUUUACUUUUUUUUAGAAAGCCAACUGCAUCCAUAUGAGCUUCAGCAGCUAAGACAAUGUAUGCAAAAUAGUGCAAGGAUGCACCAGCUAGGAAUUCCCGCAUUAGUAAAAGUGCUUGGAAAUAAAAGAGUGAUCCCGCAAAAUGAUGCUACAGCUAACCAUAGAAAGCACACAGAUUGUGAUCCUGACUACGAACCUGAGCUUGAUGAAACCAUUGAUGGAUAAUUGUGUGCUACUAACAACGCUAAGGAAGCAUGUAGUAGCAAGAAAAGGCAUUCUGACAUGGCUCCUGGUGGCUUCAAGGCGCGUAAAAAGACAGCGCUUGCAGUUCGGCCAGUGAAUGGAGUCCUUACAAGGGGAAGAAAAAGUUUGCUACCAAGUGAAGUCCCUCGUGCUGGCCCAGCUGAUGAAAGUGUUGGCAACUUUGACAAGCACACUCAUCCACUUCAUGCAGGUGAUGGCUUGGAGGAACAAAACAUCCAUGUUGCCAGCAGAGGUGAUGGUAUAGACCAGGGUCAUGGGGGCAAUCAGGUGGCCAGUGGAGGUGAUGUUGAUGGUAUAGCUCAGGGUCAUGGGGACAAUCAGGUGGCCAGCGGAGGUGAGGGUGAUGGUUUAGCCCAGGGUCAUGGGGAAAAUCAGGUGGGCAGCGGGGGUGAUGGUAUAGCCCAAACUCAUGGGGACAACCUGAUGGCCUGUGAAGAUGACGGUACUGCCCAGCUUGAAGGUGAAGCUGAAAUGGAUACAGAGAGUGAAGAAGAGGAACCAUGGAUCAGGGGGAAUAAUAAAGGAGCAGCUCUGCAGAGGUUGUCCCGAUCUCGGCGUGGGAAGCUGCCCGUGGUCAUCAAAGAAGGGGACAUAAGGCCGCUACAGCCUGUCGUUGCUGCAAAGUUUGCAACUGAAUGCAACAUUAUAGUGAGGAACCAUGUGCCUGUGUUUCCCAAAUGGAAGGACUACAAGAAUCAGUCUGCGAUCCGCAGAAUGUUUAGGAUGAAAUUAGCUGCAAAGUUUGAUAUCGACAUAAGAGCUACUCAUGUUAAAUUUGCUUGUGUCGAAAUGAUGAAGAAAGCAGUUCGCCAACAUCGCUAUCACCUGAAGAGGAUUUUCUUUAAUCCUUUCCCGCUCCAUUUGGUGACAAAAAGUUCUCCUAUCAAAAGUACGACUGAUAAACAGUGGAGUGAACUUGUCAAAUCAUGGGCAUCUGAAAAAAAAUGGUAUAGAAACUCUGAACUGAACAAAACCAACCGAAGCAAGGUCAAGUACCAUCAUACAACUGGCUCACGCAGCUACAAGGUGCAUUUGGAAAAUUUGGGAGACAAGUACAAAGACCAGGAACUUGAUGCAGUGGAUAUGUUCAAGGAGUGCCACUACAGUAAAAAGAAAGGCUACACACCAGAUGUCCAGCUUGCUAUUGAUGAAAUGGAAAACAAGCUGUCUGAACAUGCAGAAGAUGAAGAGGCCCCUUCCAUGACCGAGGUAGUUGCUGGUGUUCUUGCUGAGAAGACCAAGAAACCCACAUUUCUGCAGACUGUGGGGAUUCAGAGCAGAAAGAAAGGCACACUUAAAGAGCAACUAGCUGCAGAGAAGUUGGCAAAGGAUGACCUCAAAUCACAAGUGCAAGAGUUGGCGAAGAAGCUACAAGAAUCUGAGCAAGCAAGGGUGGCGGAACAACAGGAUAUGGCAAGGAAGCAAGCUGAGACUAAUGCAAAGCUUGACCUUCUGUUGAGUAAGAUUGGACACCACUAG